GGCAUUUGAGUAGACUACAACAUUUAAGGUUGAAGUCAAGUAAUGAACGUGGCUUUGUUGGCCAGUUAAUGAAUCACCUAACAAUUGCAAAUAACUGAAUCAAACAUUUAGUUAUUAAAAAUAACGUUGGUUUGAAACGAAAAAAGCCAUAGCGCACCAAUGAUCCAGCAGAAAUCGGCCUGCGUCUCUGGCUCCAAAACCACAUCCAUGCGCAGCUGAGAGCGCAAAAUAAAUAGUUACGCACAGACGCGGAGACAAAAAGUUCGCAUGCUGGACUGGACAAAACACCACCCUGGGAACCUGGCUAACUUUAGCUAGCUAACCCUACGUGCAUCGGGGAUUGGCCAAAGACAACUAAGUUGGUCUCUAUCAGAUCUGGAAGAGACGGUGCCUUCAAUCGAAGUGGAUUUGUUUGCUAACGGCAAGAUACAUUGCAACCCAUAAAAUGGACUCAGAAGAGCUUUAUGAGGUUGAGAGAAUUGUGGACAAAAGGAAAAACAAAAAGGGAAAGAUGGAGUACCUGGUGCGCUGGAGGGGGUACGGCUACGAGGGGGACACCUGGGAGCCCGAAACGCACCUCUCCGCCUGCACGGAGUUCAUUCAUGAAUUUAACCGGCAGCAUGGCGAGCGCCAGAGAGACGGCACUUUACUGCGCUCCACUCGAAGCUCUCCCAGCGCUGCGAACAGCCAUAGUUCGGGCAACAAUGCCCGCAAGCAGAUCUGCAGGCCACAGACCAACAGCGGAGCGGGAAGCAAUGCUCCGGUAAAACCCGGGAAAGCCUCCUCGCCCACCACCGCAGCCACGGCCGUCUCGAAACGAUCGCAACCACAACAACACUCCCCGUCACUAGACACUGGCGCGGCGGGGGCCACCACAGACACACGGCAGCAUAUCUUGAGCCAAAAGUACGGCGGUUCGGCCACCGGCGCUGUGUCCGGCCCGGGGUUUACGAGCGGGUCCGCGGCUUCUCCAGUGGGCACGGCCCGUCGGAGCGUGGACCUGGCCAAGUCCGGGAUCAAAAUCCUGGUGCCCAAAAGCCCUAUGAGCAACCGGGCGGACUCAGAGGAGUCGCCCAGCGAGGCGGCCCAGAGCCUGGAGCAAGGGGGUCAGGAGCAGGACUCGGUGCCCCCGGAGGUGGCCUUGUUGGAGAAGCCCCCCGGGUUGCUGCUGGCACCGGGGGAAGAAAGGGCCCGCAUGGGGACCAGGCCCAGGACUCAGAGUCAAGCCUCGUUGAUACCUCCACAAGUCCCCAUAACACCUGCGUCCAUACACACCCUCAAUGGGAAGGGCACAUCGACACUUAUGGAGGCCCUGGCGGCUAACGGGACAGCUAGCCUCCAGCGUGCCGUGGCGGGAGUCACCUCAGUUUCCUCUGCCGGGAAACGGCGAUUUGAGGAGCAGCGCUCGGUCUUCGACAAGCGUCUUCGGUUCAGCGUCCGGCAGACAGAGAGUGCCUACCGCUACAGGGACCUUGUGGUCAAGAAGCAGGACGGCUUCACACACAUCCUGCUUUCAACAAAAUCCUCGGAGAACAACUCCCUUAACCCUGAUGUGAUGAAGGAGAUACAGAGUGCCAUGGCAACGGCUGCGGCCGACGACAGCAAGCUGGUCCUGCUGAGCUCUGUGGGCAGCGUCUUCUGCCUCGGCCUGGACUUCAUCUACUUCAUCAGGCGGCUCACCGACGAUCGUAAGAAAGAGAGCAUCAAGAUGGCAGAGACGAUUAGGACAUUCGUGAACACCUUCAUCCAGUUCAAGAAGCCCAUCAUCGUGGCUGUGAACGGGCCGGCGGUGGGCCUUGGGGCCUCCAUUCUCCCGCUGUGCGACGUCAUCUGGGCCAAUGAGAAAGCCUGGUUCCAGACGCCCUACGCCACCUAUGGACAGACCCCCGACGCGUGCGCCUCGCUGACCUUCCCCCGCGUCAUGGGUGUGGCCUCGGCAAACGAGAUGUUGCUGAGCGGGCGGAAGCUGACGGCCCAGGAGGCCUGUGCUAAGGGCCUGGUGUCCCAGGUUCUGUGGCCCGGGACGUUCACACAGGAGGUGAUGGUUCGCAUUAGGGAGCUUGUCUCUUGUAAUUCAGUUGUCCUGCGGGAAUCCAAGGCGCUGGUGCGGAACUCAAACCGGGCCUCCCUGGAGCAGGCAAAUGAGCGCGAGUGUGAGGCGCUGAAGAGAGUGUGGGGCUCCUCGCAGGGGAUGGACUCCAUCCUCCAGUACCUUCAGAAGAAGAUCGACGAGUUUUAAGGGUUAAGGAAUGUGUCCCUAACCGACGACCCCCCCGCCCCGCCCCGUGACCGGCCCCCACCUCACCCAUUCUGAAGCGUUGUGCUCUGACGGAACCAAACAAACUUGGGCACUGGCCACACACCGUCUUCCGUGUGCAGCCCUUCCAGCACCCCCCCCCCCCCCCCCCCCCCGCUUGGGCGUGUCUGCGCGAGACCGGGUGCGUGCGUCUGGAAAGGGGGCCGGCCGAGGAUUAGUACAUUUAUAGACGCUCCCGCUGGACCUUUUUAUGAAUCCUGCCUUCCUAGUGUCUUGAGGGACCUCAUGGUGACCCUUGACCCUGGCUACCCACUGCUACGUUGCGGUGGUUCCAACCACAAUGGACGCCGCCGAGUCCCCGGGGGAAAACGGAAACAUCCCAGAUCUAGCUUCUACCCGAGAUGGGCGACGUUGGAAAGCUGCUGGAGCGAUUCUGUCACACCUACAUUAGGUUAGACUAGAACGUUGAACACGUUUAAUACAGAAAAAGUCUUGCGUAGCAGGGUGUCCAUCUACACAGCCGGGCAUUGAUUCAACAUGGAUUGGCAGUUGUUAUAUGGUGCAACAAAAGCACAUUGGAAAAAAAACCUGGGUUACUUUAAAAAAAAAAAUAAUGUGAUGCCCUAAACCCUCGCUAUUUUAAGUCUAGUGGGGAGCAUAGCCAAGUGGGAUUGGAGGCUUAUUGGAUUCACCACAAUUACACAUUUUCUUUGAACACCGGCAAGGCUUUCUGUCUGUAACAGGACAUUUAGUGCCAUUUGAGUUGACGAAAGGCCAGAGUAUUUUAUCAAAUACUUCUUUAUGAUAAGCAGGUCUCUAGGCCGAGAAGCAUGUGUUCUAAUUUUAAAGGUUUCAACUCAUGCUUUUGCCAAAUUACAAGUUACAUAUGAACAUUAUUUGGGUACAACUUGCAAAUCAACUUCUAAAAGUGGGACGUUGACCAGGUGUAGUGAUGGGCCUCAAUUACAGUUCUGGGUUGCACAGCAAAAUCUUUGAUAGGCAUUUGAAGGUGAUUCAUGCCACGAUCUGUAGUUUCCACAGUGAAGGAGAUCUUCACAAGCGUCUGGGAAGUUGUCUUUAAAAGAAUGGUGUUUUCAGAUAUGCGCCCUGUGCCUUGACAACAUGCCUUUGAUUAAAUCCAGGUGAGGUUCUGUCUCAGAAUAACCUUUAAACAGGUCUAUGCUGUAUUUAGUUUAUUUUCUCAGACAUUUAACCCAGGUUGUACAUUUGGCUUCUCGUUUGGCUUCGGAGUACAUUCCACCAAACCGUUCCCAUGGUUAAGGUAAAGGUUUUUAAAUUAAGAGAUUAAUUUGAAAUAUUACAAUUAGAUUAAAUAUUCUGCAACUCCUGAAAUAUUCCUUCUGUAGGAACAUGCCACAUAAGGAAGAAACAUUUCCAUCAACUGACAGUGUGUGUGUAGUUGUGACAAGACUAGGGUUCCCAUUUCAAGGCUCUGGCUGAGAUCCAAAGCAGUGCCUUGUGCUUUACUCCUUUUUUCAGGGACUUCUGUGACACAAAAUGUGUGUUCUGAUGUGAAACGAUUUUCAGUGAAAACAGUAUGUAUGUUGGCGCAUUGGAAGGCGGCCAGUACUUAUAUUGUUUAUGAAAACCACAUCAUGAAGGCGCAUUUGCAACAUGUUCAACAUAAAUGCACCAGGGAAUAGAAACACAGAUUUAGAGAAUCCCACUUUAAAGUCCUUAACAGAGGUACAGCUUUGUGUUUGUAAAAAAGAAUGGUAAUUUGCCAACUUUUUGUAUUUUUCUUUUUAUAUAUGAAUUAUAACUCCGCUGUGGCCCCACUAAUCACCAGUUAUAAUAAUUUGGCCAGAUUACUUUUUCACUGGAUUAAUGACAGCGGGGGGCUUGAGGGGACAGUAGAUCUGAAAUGACCUGUUAUCUGCAGUUGUCUUGAGAAAUGGUAGACUACUGUUACCUCCACUUUCCAUUAAAAUAAUGGAAAAUGUCCUUUAUUUAUAUUGUCUUAAAGUAUAUGAAGUAUUUAAAUAUUUAAAGAUGAGAUGGUUUUGACAAGUGUCUGUUUUCUGAGUCAUUGCUCAUAGUUUGUAUCACUGUUUUUUGUUUUUAGUUAUUUUUUCUCAAAUGUGAAGCAGUAUUUCGACAGCUCAGUGUACUCAUUGACCUGGUAUGAUUUUAGUUCUAAUUUCCCACUCUAGUACAUUACAGCACUAUCUUUUUCACUGUCUUCGUCAGAAUAUAGUUUUGGCUUUCAUAUGUAGGCAUUAAAUUGGCAACUGCUGUUCCCCAUAGGUUUACAUUAUAAUUUUUUUUAUUUACAUUCAUUAUUAGCUAGGCCAAGUUUCGGUGGCCCAUCACCAAUGAUAAUAAUUUGUAAAUGUUUCCCCUUUUCACUGGAUUAAUAGCGCUAACAGGUAUUAAAGUAAUAAUAGAUUUGACAGAACCUUAGCCCGUACCUGUAAUUGUCUUCAGAAAUUGUCAGUUAGGUACAUCUGCCUCUUUCCAUUUAAAUAAUGGAGCAAUUAUUUAUAUUGUCUAAAAGUAAAUUAUUUAAAUAUUUAAAGCGGAGAUGGUUUGGACAAAUAGUGUUUGUUUUGAGUCAUUGCUCAUGGUUUGUAUCACUGUUUAGUUUUGGCUAUUGUUAGUAUUUCGUCAGCUAAUUCUCACUGAUAAUUCUAUUAUUUUAGUAAUCACUUUAAGCUUCGGUCCAUUUCAGCACUCACCAUUAUGUCAGAUGAAGAGAUGGGUAAAAUCUUUUCAAAAUACCCUUUUUUUUUUUAAAGGAUUAUUGUUAUUGCAUUUAUUUUCCGGAGGGGACAUUGGGCAAAUACUUCAGGUGAUAUUUUCUGUAAUGCAAAAAAAAAAAAAGGGUUGUUUGUCCCAAGGUAAAGGUGUUUUGUAUCAGUACUGUGAUGCUCCUUAUAAAAAUAAACAAGUCCAUUGUUUUGUUUUCCUAA